GGAUUUGGUUCUCUCCUAUGUAAACUGGUGGACACGUUUCUCGUCGAAUGUAAAUAUUAUAUGUUGUGACUUGUCAUGAAUUAAUCUUAUUUUUCAAAGUGCCUACCAAUUUUGUAAAGUCAAUAAGGCAUUUUGUAAAUUCAUUGAGGCUAGUCUGGGGCUAAGGUGUUUUGUUAAAAUUGUUGUAUCAUCAACGUAGGUGGCGGUCAAUGGUUUGGAGUUGAUAGGUAUGUCAUGCGUAUAUAUAAUGUAAAGUUAAAGAGCCAGUAUUGAUCCUUGAGGUACUCCUGCUAACACUGGUCCGAAUGAGGAAAUUUUUAGGCCUCGUCGGACAGAGAAAAAUCUGUCGAAAAGAAAAGAUUGGAGAAUGAGGUAGUAGUGUUAUGAGUUUAAAGAGAAGUCCCUGGUCCCAGACUUUAUCGAAGGGCUGGGCACCAUCCAGAAACACGCCGGUUGCGUAUUGUUUUUCCUCGAAAUAUUACUAAAAUUACAUUACUCAAAAAUGUUGAAAUUGGAGUUAGUCAUUCAGUAUUGACCGGUUCUGUUUAAAAUUUUAUUUAGGGAGGUCUUGGAAACACUAUAAUAUGUAAUUACUGAUAUGAAUAUCAAAUUCCCUAUGGAGGAUUUAAUCAAAAAGAGAAAGGCGACCAAGCAAGAUAAGGCAUGCAAUGUCAGUCUUGUUCGUUUCAGUUAUAUCAUUUACUCUAAAAUGUAUGUUGUAUGUAAAAUCUCUGUAUUGAACGUGUGCUCUUUGAACAGCUGUUUGGCAGGUUUAAAUUUAAAUUAUGAAUCUUAAUGUUCUACGUGCUAAAAUGCGAAGUGUGUUUCUACUUUCUUUGCUGCUUGUGUUCACGGCCUCAGCCGAAGAUCAACCUAUAGUAGAGACAUGUUCUGGGAAGGUGAGGGGCUUCACGUCUACUUCCAGAUCGGGAAGGAAUUAUUUCGCCUUUACAGGUAUACCUUUUGCCAAAGCUCCUGUAGGCGAGCUUAGGUUCCAGCCCCCACAGGAAGUGGAACCAUGGUUUGGAAUAAAAAAUGCCACUGAGGAUGGUCCAUUCUGUGUACAGUAUAACAUGUUUGAACUUGAUGCUGAAGUGGUUGGAGAAGAGGACUGUCUCCAUUUGUCUGUUUUUACACAUGAUGUGAAUGGUUCUGCUCCUGUGAUGGUUCAUAUACAUGGUGGAGGAUUUUUUUCUGGUGAUAAAUCCAUAACUGGCCCACAAUAUCUAAUGGAUGAAGAUGUGGUUGUGAUGGACAUGAACUAUCGACUUGGUAUAUUGGGCUUUUUAAGUUUGGAAGAUACCAUCAUGCCAGGCAAUCAAGGGCUGAAGGAUCAAAACAUGGCAUUACGAUGGAUGAUCAAAAAUAUUGCCAGAUUCGGUGGUAAUCCAAACAGAGUGACACUGGUUGGGGAAAGUGCUGGAGGAGGGAGUGUCUUACAUCAUAUGAUUUCUGCUAUGAGUAAAGGAUUUUUUCAAGGAGCUGUUGUAGAAAGUGGUUCAAUUUACAGCAUGGUAAACUUGUUGCCACCUGAAGUAGCUAAAAGAAGGGCUAAGAAAUUGGCCAAUUUGCUUUCAUGUCCUCAUGAAGAUACUAAGAAAACAGUUCUCUGUCUUCAACAAAAAAAUGCCAAAGAUCUGGUUGGUCACUUGAAGUAUUUCAGGGAAUGGCAAGUCGAUCCAUUAUUACUAUUCCAGCCAGUAUUGGAACCAAAUAUACCUGGAGCACUCGUGACUGGACCAAUUAGAAGUUGGGAACCAAACAAGAUUCCUAUGAUGAUAGGAACAACAUCUGCUGAGGGCUUGCAAAGAACAAAAUAUUUCGUUGAUUAUGACAUGGACUUUAAAUGGUACAGUAACAACUUUGAAAAGGUGGCACCAUUGUCUUUGCGCUAUUUGGAUUCAACUUCCAAUCCUGAAAUGGUGACUAGAGCAAUCAAGCACUUCUAUUUUAACAAUAGGGAGAUAACUAAAGCAGAUUGGAUCAACUUAACUAAUGCCUAUACUGAUGCCUACUUCACAGCUGGGAUUUUUGAUGCAGCUAACAAACAUACGGGAGAUACUUAUUUUUACUAUUUUGACUAUGUUGGGGAGUACACAAAAGGAACCGAAGACAGAAAUUAUACAUUCGGUGCUGCACAUGUGGAUGAGAUUAUAUACUUAUGGUACAACAAGAAGUAUGCGCCCCUGAAAGGUAAAGAUUUGGAACUUUCGAUGAAACUUAUUAAAAUAUGGACUGACUUUGCCAAAUAUGGGAAAGUUAUGUCACCAGAAAAGGAUGAGAGCUGGAACAAAUGGACACAAGAAGCACACAAUUAUUUACACAUUAGUAAAAAUGGCUUCAAAGCGAAGAAAGGACUUCAUGAUGAUAGAUAUAAAUUUUGGAGCAGUAUUAAUUACAGAGAUAAAUUUGAAUAAUUAUAUUUAAAAUAAUACAGUAUAUGCAUAUACAUAUAUUUUAAAUACAAAUAUAUAUCCAUGAACUUUUUUGUUGAUUAUUUUCUAAACAAAGGACCUAAACUUUGUCAGAAUUAAACCUGUUUCUUAUUUAGGAAACAAAUAGCUAGGACAUUUGUAUGCAUAAAUUCUUCUAUAGGUUAAUGUAGAUGUUUGCUCCACUUAGUUAUUAAGAUAAAUUUAAUAGUUCUAUUUGGUUUAUUACAUUUGACAGUUUGUACCUGCUAGUUUUAUCUUUUGGUUUAGAUAAGAGUAACUUCUUUAACAGGCUGUUGUCAUAUGUGGAUGAUAUUCUCAUUACAAAAUUAAUUUUAAUUUAAUUUAGGAGUUAAUGGUUUUAUUAUAUUCUAUAGCAAAAUAUCAAUCUGAAUUAGUCCAAUUAUAUUAGUGACAGCUGUCUGCCUGUAUGUAGGCCUGCCUAAAUUAUCAUAUAAAGAGCAAUUUCUGUGAGUGCAUUGUAUGUAUACAUACACAUACAUAUAUAUUCAGUAAAUUCUUUAUGUAUGUAUGUGUAUAUAUCUACAUACAUAUGUAUGUAAUGACUAAUUCAGAUUGAUGUUUUGCUAUAGAAUAUAACAAAACCAUUAACCCCCAAAUUAA